AUGCCGUUCAAGGACUCUACAGAAUCCCUUCUCCGAACAUUGAACGAAGCCCUGGAGGCAGCGCGUAGCGAGAUGACUCGUCUGCACGGUGAGCGUGACCAGUACGAGGAGACGAUGAAGAAGGCAUUCAUGCGCGGGGUGUGUGCGCUCAACCUGGAGGCCAUGUCCAUGUUCCACCAGGGGGAGCAGGUUUUUACAUGCGGGGUGUGUGCACUGAACCUGGAGGCCAUGUCCAUGUUCCACCAGGGGACCAGGGGGGAGACCAGCGAAGCCUCAAGAUUAGGAAGAGGAACGGUUGUCCCCCAUGAGGAGGUGUACCAGUCAGGCCCCCCCCCCAGGCUCCCCCACCCCGGGUGGUCACCAGCCAGCACCUCCCACCCAAACCCUCCGUCAGCUUCAGCACUGCCAGACCUGCAACUGAAACUGUCAUCUGCAGCCCAGAAACUAGGGUCAAGGACAAUCACAGCCAAGGUCACAGCGAAGCAGAAGGGGCCACAGCUGGGGCAGGCUGGGAAGGGUCCGGGCAGCGUUGCCAUGGGACUGGCCCCGCCCAUGAGCUCUGUCAUGGUGGAGAGGCAUCACCCUGUCACUCAGCAAACUAUUGGGCAUGCCACAGCAGACAGGUAUCCCAGAAUGCCCUCCCAGUCCCAGCAGCCCUUGCAGCAGUCCCAGUCCACCAUCGCUCAGAGAAAGGUCGCAGGUCAAGCUGGCAAAGUUCAUCUGGGGACACCGAACGUCCACUCCGUCAAAGUUGUUCAGUAAUUAUGAAAUAGGAUAAUUAUUACGAUAUUAACUGUGUCAGA